AUCUCAACCAAGAGACUUGGAAAGUAGUGACCGAUCCGAUCCUCUACGACCUAGCAGCAAGAGGGUUAGAUUCACAACAGCUGAGGAACAGAACACACUGAGGGAAAAUGAAGGCCGUCGUUGUUUUCGUGCUCCUUAUCGCAGCGGUCUAUUGUCACCCUGUGAAACGCUCAGCCAGCAGCAGCUCAGAGAGCUCUGACGUGCAGCCUGUUGAUACUCUGGCUUUGAAAGACGCUGCGGUUGCUGAUGUUAGCUCUGAAGAGGAUGCUGAUGAUGAUGAUGAUGAUGAUAAUGACAGUGAUAGCGAUGAGUCCGAUGAGACUGGGCCCACCAGUUCUCCUCCUUUCAUCGAGACCACGAUAAUUCCCAUUAUUGAUGGCCGUGGAGACAGUGUCGGCUACCAGAGUGACUACAAGAAGAAUGUCUAUUAUGUGGAUGGCAACAACAUUGAGAAAGGACCUUCUUCUUAUAAAUCAUAUGGAUCUGACAAGUCUGAGUACGAUGGUGUGGAUCUGAAGGUGUACAAGGCUCUGCAGGUGCAGAAUGUUGGGCUGGACCAGGCUAUGGAUGCCUCAAGUGGCACGGAUAGUGAUGACACAAGCCAGCAAGAGCAGAAGGCAGCUUCCUCUGCCAGUCCCAGUCAGGAGAGUGACGAGAACAGCCAGAGCAGCGAAGAGGACACAACCGACGCCACCACGACCGACAGCAACUCGUCUGAGAGUAGCGAGAGUGAGGAGACCAAUGCCAGCGAGCAGCCUGCACUGCUCAAGAGCAAGAACCCUGAUGUCAUCAUCGCUUAAAUACACCCACCCCAAACCUGCUGGUGACAAGUGACUCACUUCACUUCAUGUGAUAAGUAGCAGAACGCAAAGAUACAGCUCAGACAAACCCGGUCUAGUACCGAGACUGCAUUUUAUUAACUGUUAAACAAAUCUGUUUCUGUUAAACAAAUCUACAUUUGCACAAUCACUUAUAAUAAGUUUAUGUAAUAUAUUUUAUUCUCCAUUGUAUCAUGAAUUAUCCUUUAUGAAUAAAGUCUUU